AUGAGGGCUACACAGAGCAGACAGAAGUCAUAUGCAGAUAGAAGGAGGCGACCUCUAGAGUUCGAGGCUGGGGAUCACGUAUUCCUCAAGGUAACACCGACGACUAGUAUUGGGAGGGCCAUCAAAUCGAAGAAGCUGACUCCGAGAUUUGUUGGGCCUUAUCAGAUUCUGAGGAGAAUUGGCGUUGCAGCUUAUGAAAUCGCCUUGCCACCACACCUGAUGAAUCUGCAUAACGUGUUCCACGUUUCCCAGUUGAGGAAAUAUGUUGCAGAUCCGUCACACGUACUGGAGUCAGAUGAUAUUCAGAUUCGGGAGGAUUUGGCGGUGAGCACUAGACCAGUGCGAAUUCUAGACUCACAGGUGAAACAGCUGCGGGGGAAGGAAAUUAAGACUGUGAAGGUGUUGUGGGAUGAGAUUACUCAAGAGAUGACCUGGGAGAUGGAGGAUCGCAUGAAGCAAUCCUAUCCGCACUUAUUUCUUGAUGUUGGUACAGGUGAUGCUGAGGAUGACCAGACAGCGGAGUGA